UAAUUGUUCCUAGUAUAAUAAAUAUAAUGAAUAUAUUGUUAGAUCACACUGAUCUAUGAGUCAGGUAUUAUGUCAUAUGGUGCUUUGCGAAGGCUACUUACAGAAGAAUAUGAUGAACGUGCUAGUACUAUAUUGAUAGAGAGCCCUUUCAUUGAAACAUCAAGAGAUGGUCAACGAUUAAGCAUGGUACAGUUAGGUCUAACAUCCGAUAAACUAAUAAUUGCCUCGAAAACUCCAAAGACGGCAAUCUCUCACUUCGAUAUGAUAGAAGACAGUAAAUUAGAACUGUGUCAUCUAUAUCCAAUUCGAUCUGUACAAAUGUCUGUAUUUAAACAAAGCAUUCGGCAAUCACUUAAACUUAUCAUCAAUAACAGUCUAAUAAAAUAUUUUGAGUUAGGAUUCAUGAAAAAAAGAGAGAUAUUUUGGGAACUGUGGUGUAGUUAUGCUAUGGAAAUAAAUAAUAAAUUGCGAAGGUGGCCUUACUCAGAGACUUCCACAGAAACAGAUUACCAAGAUUUAACCCUGAAAAUACCAUUUGUACUGAAAUUAUACAGAGAACGCAUAUUGUUAAGUGAAAAGUAAACUUACUACACCCGUGUAACAAGUACCUACAUUAUUCUGAAGUGACACAUGCAAUAUUAUUAAGUUAAAAUAUGCAAAACUCACACAAAGCUGUUACUUAGCACUCAGGAUAUUUCGGGAACGGAUUAGAUAAAUAUAUAUUAAAUGUAAAUGUAAAAAGAAUUGUUGAUUGCUCUCACAGAAAAUUUAUAUACCGUAUUGCCCACAACAACUCAACACGUUGCCGUUCCUGACGACUAAAACAAUGUAUUUCUUGCGCAAUGCAUAAUAUAAUACCAAUAGUAUAACAACUAUUGCAAAUUAUUGGCGGAAAUUCUGUGUCCUAGUUGUGGAUGAAAAAUAGGUAUAAUAGUUAUAAUUACUAUAAAGAAUGCGACGCAUACUAAAUUCAAACUUUCCAUAUUCAAGGCGUUGGAAAAAAUAAUUUAUUAGCAUGAUGCCCUUACCAAAAUCAAUCAUCCUUACUAAUAUUAAAAAUUCGAAAGUAACUCUUAUCUAUCUGUCUGUUGCUUUUUUACGCAAAAACUACUGGACCCAUUUAUAUGAAAUUUGAGAAAGGCAUAGGAUACUUUUUAAUACGUGGUUGAUAGUGGAGACGAAAUGUUGAAUGGGAGUAUAGUCAUUUUCAAAACUAGAGGGUUGAAACUUUUAGGCUAUUGAUUAAAUAUAAAUAAUUUUACCCUUAAGGGGGUCAAAUAAUAAGGGAUAAAAGUUCGUAUGGAAAUUUGUCAUUUAUAAACGCCUUUGGAUUUAUUAUACGAUUUUUGGGUUAAAUAAUUAAAUAUUUUUUCUUUAUUUGGCCAUGGUCCCUAUUCCACGGAGGAAGUUGCGUGCACAGCUAGGAAGUGCUAUGUGCUUCUUUCAGUCGUAUAGGACGAAGCUGUAACUUGCUCUUAACACUGUCUGUUCUUCUACUGCAAAAUCAAUACAUAAAGGUCUUCGUCGCUAGCUGAUUCAUUUCACAACAAAUUUAACUCGCGGUUUG